GGAAAUAGGGCAGAAGGGGAGGUUACAGGGUGGCGCCCCAGCCCCACUGGACCUUCCUUGACCAAGUUCUUGACCGGCAUGAUCCAUUCCAUUCCCACCCGUCGUUGGGGUCCCAUCAUUGAGUAUCAUCGCGCUGACGGUGAACGGACAGGUACUUCCUGUACGUGCGGGGCAGAUCAGCUCUAUGGUUUGCGUGCAUUUGUCUGUCUGUGUCGGUGCCUCCAUGCAGGUGGGUGUGACUCGGCCUGAUGGCCCGGCCAUCGUCUGCCGCAUCCCAAGCACCACCUGCUAUGCCGCCCGGGUGCUUGGGGCUCGAUGACGUCGACAUCGUCCCCGGUAGGGGCGUCACUGGUGUGACUCAGCAGCUGAUGGAGGGCUGCAUUCGGCGCACCUUCACAUUCGGCGCCCAAGUCACAUCGCUGAUCCGUGAGAGAGCUUUCCCGGGAGCCAGCGGCAGCCUUCGAGUCCGCGGCACCAGAGGCACUCACAGCAUGUACAGCUGCCUGUGUUUCGCCAUCGACAGCCCAACGAACCGCCCAUUCCUCUACGCGAGCGGCGCUCGUAAGCAAAAGGUGCCGGUGGUGCUGCCGCAGUGGUCCUCCCGUCAGCUGCAGCGUGACGUCAUCAAUGCACUCAUCGACGGCGGGGCGGACAUCAAUGCGGCCGGAGGGGAAGAGCGGCUCCUCAAGAUGGGCAUUGCGGCGGGCAAUCUGACGGCUGUGGAGGUCCUCCUGGAGCGGCAGGCCAACGUGCGGGGAUUUGGGCCACUAGUGAUGGAGCUUCCAGACAUGCUCGAUGCUGCCCCUUCCGUCACUCGUGAGUACGAGGCCGCCCUCAUUUCGGUGUACCGCCGCCUCAUCCGACACGACAGCACACUGCCAGCCGAAUGGUCCGUUUAUGGAAACAGUCUGGUGCAUCUGGCGGCCACGGCCCCCUCCAUCUUCUCCCAGCAAGUCAUCGACCAGUAUCUGGACCUCAUAACCAGCCACGGUGUCGACACGACGGCAGCAAACCACGCGGGCUUCACGCCACUGCACAUCGCAUCGCGCGGCUCCCCCUGUGUGGCCGAGUGGUUGUGCCGGCAGCUCACAGCCGACGACGUCAACAGAGGAAUGCCGAACCAGCCUCAUCGGACACCCCUCGCCAUCGCUGCCGAUGAUCUCAUCCAAGAGCAGCAGCAGCGGCAGCUGGGAGAGGGGCGGGCAAGAUACAUCCGCAACUACAAGACCACCAUCGGUGUGCUGCUGAGGGGCGGGGCAGCCCCAUCCAUCGCCCGCAUGCCCACCGCCACUGACAUGCAGCGCCGUCGUCGCCAGCUGGUCCUGGCCGAGUACGCCACAGUGCUGAGUGAGCUGUCCGAGGCCGUCAUGUCGGCCAUCAACGGCGCCCUCGCCCCCCAGCGCGACCACUCGAUGCUUCUCGCCCGUCUGCUGCCCCUCGCCCCCCACCACGACGGCGCCCACCCAACCCCUCCCCAUCCAACAUGGCAUUCGGCCCACACGAGGCUGAGGCCAUCGGCUGGAAGAUCGGCGCCUUCCUCCACGAGCCCCCCGCUGCUGUGGCCGCCAUCGACCAGUACCUCGUCGGCGAGUCGGUGCUGAGGCGGCGGGUGCGUGCGGCCGUCGGCCACUUCGUCAAGUCGGCGGCCACCCAGACGAGCAGCAACAGGGAGGUCGUGGGCGGGACGCGAUACCAGCAGCAGGGCGACAAGCGCGUCAAGGUGACCGUGCCGCUUCUGCAGUGCUUCGCCGUGGGGGGUCAGCAGGGUGGGCAGCAUCGGCUGCUGGGUGUCCGUGAGGUGGUGCACCGGGCCCGGCUGGACGAGGCAGCCACCCAUGGGAUGCGGCUGGUCAAGGGCUUCAACGAGCAUCUGGGCGAUCAGGACUGCCAGUUCGAGUGGGGCCAGCUGGGCCGCAUCGACAAGGGGACCGGUAUGUUUGUGUCGCUGGGCAUCGACUGACUGAGAG